CGGUAAUUGAGCAACAUUCCCUCCAGCGUGGGGCUGAAGGGGCGCCUGAGAGGCGAGGGCUCCAGAAUUGAGAGCCAUGUUUUGAACAAAGGCCGCAAAGGCAGCCUGAAGAUCGAUGGCCGGGGCCGGAGGAGGAACUUGGUUCUCACUCCGAUCCCUCCUUCGAUUAUCAAGGCCAAUACGGGCAUCGGGGGUGUUCUUCUGCAGCUGCUGACGUAGGUCAGCGGUGGCUUGCUCUAAUUCGAGGAUGACACCACCCUCGGGUACUAAGAGCCUGUUGGAGGCCUCAGCCCUGUUGGUUUCGCCGGGGGCCACGUAGUUCUCCUCAAGGGUUUUGGAUUGGGCUCGGGUGGUCCUUCCCAUUUUUGGUGAGGGUUUGUGUUUGGUAGAGGGGGAGGGUUUCUUACUUGAUAGUUCAGACCUCUCAACGAGAGCACCAAAUGAUGGAUUGUCUACCCGGGGGGUAUCCUAUCCGAGGGGUUAUUGCGGGAACAACUAGAGAGAAGUCAGAGUAAAUAGGAGGAGAGAGAGUCGAUUUUAUUAAAUGAACUCAGCGUGUGGAGUUGAGAUGUAGAUUGUGUCUAUUACAAGGAGAAAUGGGCUGCUAUUUAUAGCAGCAAUAAAUGCGAUGAGAGGACACGUGUCAGUAAUCCAACGGCCGAAGGGUCACAUCAGCCUAGUGGCACCGGCAGUGGUACGUCAACCGCAUUGAAUGCGGUUGGCGGAUGCGACGUGGCAUUAAAUGCGGUGGUUGGCUGUCUCUAAAAGGAAUCUUCGAUGAUUGAGCUAGUUCAGCCGUAGGCUUCUUGCGUAGCCGAGGGCUCCUUGUGCAGCCGAAGGCUUGGUUGAGCCGAGGGAUUCAUAGUGCCGAGGGCUCCAUAGUGCCGAGGGCUCCUAUUUUCUGUCAAUUUCUCCCAGUAGCUUCGCACGGUCGAAUAUGGCGGUUCUGUGAGUUCUGGAGCCUUCGGCCAAGGUGGCCGAAGGCAUCCCUGUGUGUACCGUGGCCUUCUUGACGCUUGGGCCGCCGAAUCUUGGGCCUCCCGAGCUCCUUGAGCUUGUUGGGCUUGUGAUAGAUUAGUGGGAGUCUUUGGGCCGGGGGUUCCUGGGCCAUAUACUCCAUCAGACCUAUUUUUGUGUUAUCAAACGGGCUCUAAAUAAGAAAAUGGAAUAUUUUUAAGGGACACAUCGAAAAGGAAAGUUACAUGCUUAAAUUGAGACGGAAGAAAUAUUCUUACUUUAUCAGUUUAUCAAUUCAAUAUCAACCACAUAAACUCAUUUUUCUUAAUAACCAUGUCACCCCUCAUAUUUCGAUGUUAGUGGGACGGAAGUAAUAUUUCGAUGUCCCUAUUAAUUAUUAAGUCAUGGUUUGAAUAGUGCCUAGCAAGACGGUUUGUAGUUUUUCCCUAGUGUUCUUUAGGUUUUGUCCCGGUGAAGUGAUUACUCUUGAUGCCGGCAGAGGUAAGUUUGAUAACCGGCUAAUAUUUAUUAAUCACUACUAUCACUAAUACGGCGGCGGAGCAUAGCCUAGUUUAGGGGAGGUUUGGGUUGCGCGAAACUUUCUUCGUCGGCGAUUUUAAAGUUUUCAGGAUUGUUUUUCUCUCAACUUCAACGGGCAGACCCUAGCCAGAGGUCUUGCUUAAGGUGCGGGAGGUGGUGGUGCUAUGACCAGGACAACAACGAGCAGCGGCGUAAGCACGUACGAGGGGCAACGAGGGUUGGGGAGGAGUAGGUUUGGCGAAGGUUGGAGUUCGACCAGCAAUGGAAGAUCAAUCGAAGCAGUACUGAUGGUUCGGUCUCCUCCUGAACCGCCGCCAUGGUUUGAACGAGAUGAUAGGGUUCGAGAAAUUUAUUUUAUUAGUUAUUGUUAUUUUAUUGUUUGGAUUCUUGCUAAAGUCUAUGUUGUUAUGGUUACCGGUAUGAUUGAUAAUUUAGCUUAUUUUUAUGUCGCUAAAAGUAUACAGAUGAAUUAGUGAUAGCGAUUUGUAGUUAGCGGUUCGUGUUGUUCUUUCAGGAAUGAUUAUUUCCAUGUCUAAUCGUAGGGUUUACAGUUGUAAUUAGUGGAUGUUAGUUGGUGUCAGGCAUGAUUUUUCUUUUGAUUGAUGUAACUAUUAUGAAAGUAAUGAUUAAAUAUGGGCAAUAUUUUCAAAAGUUCAAAAAAAUCAUGGUUCGAAUAAGACAAUAUACAACGAGGAAGAAAAUCAGACAUUUCAACUAGGGGUGGGCAUAAAAAACCGUAACCGCUUAACCGUGGUAAAUAACCGAAAAACCGGAGUUUUUUUGGUUAACCGUACCGUGUUUUUAAAAGUUUGUGGUACGGUUAACCAACCGAAAGAGUAAAACGGUUCACGGUACGGUUACGGUUUUUAAAUUAAAUACCGCCGGUUAACCGGUAAUUCAAAGUAGUUAAAAUAUUAUUUCAAAUUUAUGUCACAAUAAGCUUUAGCCGAAAAUGUUUUCUCCAUUUACGUUUAGUAUAUAUAAAUUGAAGUAUCAAUAGAUGAUUAUUUAAUUAAUUUACUGGAAUUAAUACAAGCCAAUGGCCAUUGGCCGAGAGGAAAUUGGCUGUGCGUGAAAUGUGUAAAGCCUAGCAACUAACCGGCUACCUGGUCAGGUAGUGGUUAUCUACAAGAAUUUCUAAUUGAAGUAAUAAUUGAAAACAAAUACGGAGUAUGAACUAAAAUCCAUACACGAAAGAUUAAUUCUAUACGUACUAACUGAUUAAUAAUUGAAUCUAUUAGUUAUUAAUUCCAUACGUAUGCCAUGCUGAUGCACUAAGAUGGAACCCAGCCACCCAGGUCGUUAGUAUCUCUUAACCUUUUCCUAAGAGGCUAAGACGGUUUUUCGGUUAACCAAUUCAUGGUUAACCUAUAUCAUGGUUAAUUGUUAUUCGGUUAACCAUCAUUACGGUACGGUUAAUGAUGUUGUAAAUACAUUAACCGAAAUCUCGGUUAACCGUAAAUUGGUUAACCAAAGUACGGUUAACCAACCAUGCCCACCCCUAAUUUCAACCACACAUAGAACUCGCAGGCUUUAGCAAGGCUAUGUGAAAUUUGGGUUGAUCUCUCCAUAUGAUUAAAUGAUUAAAAGUGAUAUCGUUAAAAGUAUUAGUUAGCUUUGGAAUGUCAUCCACUGGAAAUCCAAAAGAAGAAGAGACACAUCAACCAUUGAUUAAAUUAAUUGCCUUUAGUGCAUUCGACUCUAAAUCGACAUGAUCCCAGCUGCUUCCUUUAACCGGCCAAGAGCUUCCCGGAUCGACGCAGCUUCUGCUUCUUUUGGAGAGUAUCCCCCGCCUUUGAAUCGCCCCUAUUUUGUUUAUCGUAGUUUAUUUCCUCGUCAACUACAUAUACUUGUUCCUUAUCAGAAUUACAGACACCAAAUUGUAUAUAAAUUUAGAAACAUUUAACAAAUCAAUAAAGAUGCACACAAACUCAAAUAUAAGAAUACAUCACACACAAUGUCACAACAAAUCUUAUUUAGUAGGAAAAAACCGUGAAAAUACGCCAAGAAUCCAAGAUUGGUGUCAAUUACAACACUAUGACUGAGUUUAAAGUCAACUAGCGCCUUACGAAGAUAGAAAGUCAAUGAGAGCAUCACUGCCCCGUAUUACAAAAGUUCAUUGUGUUGUCAUAGCGUAUUAGAAAAAGUGUAAUAAAUAGGAGUGAAAAUAUGUAAAUGUAUAAAAGAGCAGAUAUAAAAAAGAGAAAAUGUUAAAAUAUGAAAGAUAGGAUGAAAAUGUAAAUUAAAACUUAUUGAGAGUGUUUUCUAAAUACCAAAAGUACUACAUCCAUCUUCCAAAUUCCCGAUGAGGUUAUUGAUGAUAUACAUGCGAUGAUGGCGAGAUUUUAGUGGGGAGCACAAGGGGGAGAGAAAAUACACUGGUUGUCUUGGGAAAAACUUUGCAAACCCAAAAGUGAAGUUGGUAUGGGUUUUAGGGACCUUGCAAUUUUUAAUCAAGCCAUAUUAGCAAAGCAAGGAUGGUGGCUUAUGAAUAAAUCUAGCUCGAUUGUUGCGCAAGUACUCAAACAAAGUAUUUCAAAAAUGAUGAAUUUGUGGAGGCAGCAAGGGGCUAUGAUCCUAGCUACACUUGGAGGAGUAUUUGGGGAGAAAAAUCAUUACUAUUGGAGGGUCUCAUGUGGUGGGUAGGGAAUGGGUUAAACAUUAAAGUAUGGGAGGAUACAUGGUUAUCUGGGUGUCCACCAAUGAAAAUAUCCAUCUUGAACCUGAAUAUCCAUGGAAAAGUCACAUUACUGAGAAAAACAUGGCAAGAUGAAGUCUGGGGAAAGAUGUUUCAAGAGGCGCCUUUAACUUCAUUUGUUGAGGUUCUUAAUUGGGUGAUGGAGCACAUGUGGAAGGGGUUAUAUGGUUUUAUAACCAGCUGUUGGGUGGUUUGGACAUGUCGAAACAAAGCUAUAUUUGAACAAAGUGAACCAAAAGUGGAGCUAAUUAGAGCGGGUUUCCAAUGCUAUGUUGAGGACUAUCAAAAAUAUGCUACAAAUGUCUAUAGUGCUCCAAGCUGAUUUUCGGGACUAAAGUAUGAGAAUGAGAGUAAAACACCCACCGAAUUCAUAAAAGUGAAUUAUGAUGCAGUUAUCCUUAAGGAUGGUGGAAUUAGAUUGGGAGCUGUUAUACGAGAUGAACAUGGUAGAGUGCUAGCAGCGAGAGUUAAAAGGAUGAAGUAUGCUGGGAGGCGGGUUUGGCGAAGUAUACAACAUGCGCAUUUGGUAUGAGUUUGGCAAAUCAAAUGGGCUUCAGAAAUAUUUUUUUGGAAAGUGAUUCUUUGAGCUUCAUCAUAGCAGCAGAGAUGAGGAAUGCGGAUCACACUGCCUUUGGAAUUCUCCUCGAUGAUAUACUCUAUAUUAGCUCUCAAUUUGAUGCUAUUAAAUUUUCUCAUGUAAAGAGAAAAGGAAAUGGAGUAGCUCACUUGAUGACUAGAUUAUUUCCUAGUAAUGGGAUUGUUCAAAUCUUUGUAAGAAACGUACUAGAGGGAAUAUUAACUCUGAGAUUGACUUGAUAUAAUAAUAGAAACCUCCUUUCAA